UGCUUUGCGGCCGGAGCGUCAGGGGCGUCGUCAGGUUCCUCGCUCCCGGCUUCUUGAAAGAGUCCAAGAUGGCGGAGGGGGUGUUGAGCGCUGGUGUUAACCUGGAGGCCUUCGCCCAGGCUAUCUCGGCCAUCCAGGCGCUGCGCUCGAGUGUGACGCGCGUCUUUGACUGUCUGAAGGAUGGCCGGCGAAACAAGGAGGCGUUGGAGGGCCGCGAGAAGGGCUUCGUCGCCAGUUUCCAGGACAGCCUCCUCUCCGUCAGUCGGGACUUGGGAGAACUGGAGCGUCUAAGUAACCUUGUAGGCAAGCCCUCUGAGAACCAUCCUCUCCACAAUAGUGGACUGUUGAGUUUAGAUCCGGUGCAAGACAAAACGCCCCUCUACAGUCAACUUCUUCAGGCCUAUAAAUGGUCGAAUAAGUUGCAAUACCAUGCAGGGCUAGCAUCUGGCCUUUUGAAUCAGCAGUCUUUGAAACGGUCUGCCAACCAGAUGGGGGUAUCUGCCAAGCGACGACCAAAAGCCCAGCCUACCACCUUGGUGUUACCACCUCAGUAUGUUGAUGAUGUGAUCAGCCGCAUUGAUAGAAUGUUUCCUGAAAUGUCCAUCCACUUAUCCAGACCCAAUGGAACCUCUGCAAUGCUGCUGCUAACCAAGAUCACUGUGGAGAAGCUAAUUGCAGCUGCUCGGCAUGUUAACCUGUUCAAGAUAUCUGAAUGUGGAACUUCAUAAUUUCAGACUAUUUCCCGGAUUAGUUUUGCAAACUGAAAGAUCCCCUCUCCCUUUGGAGCCUGUGGUCAGAGCAUCUCAGUUCCAGCACAAACAUAUUGGCAUAGAGUUUGGAUAGAUUCCUUCUGAGCCCUCUGUGCUUUGGCCAAGACCAUCAUGAAGCCUUAGUGUCCUGAACAAGUGGAUGCGAAAAGGAGUUAAACGUGAUGAAGCAAUAAUAUAAUAAGGAAGGAUGCUUUCAAAAGAGAAGUCCGACUUUCUGCAUGGAAUAAGUAAGACAUAAGCUGUCGUGAAAUGGAGUGUAACAGGCCCACCUUGGCAAGCCAAGCACAUCUGCCUGCCCAUGUCCAUGAGCUCUGGGUGUCCUUCAGCCAGGGGUGCGCAGAGGGGAAAAGCAUUCAACAUCCAGCCAGAGAAGUCGGACGACAGGAACUCAGGCAGCAAGGGUUGUGCAAUGGUUAAGUGAGUCUCACACAGCCUAACAGCAGACCAUGGUUUAUGUGAAGGUUGUUUAAUGCUCUUCCAGUCUCUGUGAUAUUAGAAGCCAUGAUCAUGCACUGAAUAAUCAAAUCCCCGCAGACUGCCAUGGUGGCGUGCAGUCAGACAAGCCAGAAUGGGCUCCGUUGAAUGUGUGAACUGCAUCAGUGUCAUCUUGGAUCUUUCACAAUGGUUAAAACUCAGGGCCCUGGGUUGCUUGUAUGUUUUUGAGCACUGCUUAAUAUUUCUGCCGAAGCAAAGCAGUGAAGAAAGAUUAAUUAAUUGCUAUUUUUAUGCUUUAUCUUUCUGCUUCUUCCCUGUAAUGUACUACUGAGAAUUCUUAAGGGUAUUAAUUUGUGCCAGCUUUCCACACAAUGAUGCUUUAUUACAUGCUUUAUUACAUGUAUUAUGCCCCAAGGGAAACGUGGGACUUUGGCUAGGAUAGACAGGGUAGUUUCAGGCCUUAAAGUAGCUCUACCCUACAGCUGAUGCUCGUGUUCAGGUGCUCGUGCGGCCAUUAACAACUUGAUGGUGCCAUCUGUUGAGAAGUAGUCAUUUGUAGCACUGCACAAGCUUGGGCUGAAUACUUUAUUCCCACGCAUUUGGACCUGGGCAUUUAAAGGCAAAAAGGCCAAAACUUAGAGGGAGGUGUGUUUUUCCCUGCAAAGGUGCUGUGGGGAAGCAGCUCUUUUCACCUAAAAACCAAAGGUCUAGAAACCAACAGAACUGUAAUGAAAUUACAUUUUUGCAAAACUUCCCUAGUGUUUUUAGUAAACAGGGAAAUAAUCCGAGGCCAAGUGUAGGAGAGAAAUAGGCCUAUAGCUUUGAGUAUUCCUGCACCAGCCAUGCUGCUUUCUCUCUAAACAUGAAAGCCUCUGGAACUUUUUCCUAAAGCAUUAUGUAAUAAUGUUUAGCGUAAGUCUCACAGUAAUACACAGGUUUCCUAAACUUCAGACUUGCACCAUUUCUUCUUGUGUGUCCAGUUCUCUUAUUCUUUGCUAGGAUGAAAUAAUGGGUUGUUGAGUGCCCCUGUCUAGGAAACACUCUAGUAAUUUUAAGUGUGUGAGUUUUAGAAAAUCUCAACAUAUUUCUGUGAAUGUGUUCCUGGGAAUUCUAAAACACAUGUUUGGGAAGAAACCUUUUUUGAGUUUGCUUUGUGGACUUGGUGUGUGACUUCAGUUGAUAUGAGGAUUUUUUUCAACCAAGUAAAAUACCCUUUCCCAGCAUACGCCAUUCCAUUCCCUUCCAGUUGCUGAUUUUUGGUCCCCCACAUCCCCUGUAGCAGCCAGUUAGUAUUAAAAUGGCUGCUGGACAUGCCCUGGGUUGUUAGGGGAUUUGUGUUUUUCUCCUGAGGGCUGUUAAAGAAAUGCGUAAUAGAUAUUUAUUAUUAUU